AUGAGAUUCGAUCUUGAAACCCUUCCGUUUCCUAUCGACGUAUCGGCCCUCACGGCUACGUCGGACCCAGCGUUUUGUUCAACAUGUGCCAAUUUGCAUACCGUGUCAGCCUUCGCUAUGGUCCCGUGCACUGCGGUUAUGAUGAAUCUUUCGCGUUCAGUCAAAAAAGUUGACAAAGCGAGGCAACUUCUAUCCGGAAUCGAAUCACAGUCCAUUUCUUCGACAGAAAAGUUGGUAUCUUGGGAGCUUCAAAUAAGCCUGGCUGAUCUCAAGAAUUCAUCAGCGGCCGGCUGUAUCACCUGUUUGCUCUUGAGAGAGGUGCUCACCAACGUCCCGAAUGGGCAUAUUGACUGGGAUGAUCCUGCACUGUACAUUGUGGUUAUCUUUUGCGACAAGACUGUGCUCCGCAUCUCUGUUGCCCGAGAUCGGGACCAUUAUGAGACAGAUACCUGGGGCUUUGACAUGUCUUACAAACUCUUGCAUGAUGAGCCAGAUAUGGAUGACUAUCAAGUCUACACUCUUCCUAACUCACCCUGUCCAUGGCCUACACUCGGCUGCCUCAUGAAUGUCGAAGAACCCAAAUCUAGCAUUCCCACAAAAAAGUCCAAAACUGGAUACAUGAUUGCAAGGGAGAAUCACCCCAUCUGUAUCGAUGCAGAGAAAUCAACUUAUCAACCUUACCUUCCCGAGAAAGUUAUCAGCCUUGGCCCAGAGUCAAACAUGGAUAUCCGGCUGAUAGAGGCAUAUGGCUUACCACAUGAGCCGUACUUUGUGCUACAUGAUCAGCAGGAACGGAGAAGCUUCUCAGGCCUCUCUGAAUGCCAAAAUCUAGAAGAUGACUCUGUUGAAGUACCGUAUGAUCUCCUCCCCCGGGUCUUUCAGGACGCUAUUCUAGUGUGCCGAAAGUUGAGUAUUAAAUAUCUGUGGAUAAAUGCUCUCUGUGAGAACCAAGAUGAUGAUGACGACUGGGAAAUCGCAAGAGAAAAGAAGGCCAUGGUGUAUACUAAUGCAGAACUGGUUCUUAUGUCUACAGGGUUGGUUGAUGGUAACGAAGGUUUUCUUUGCCCCAGAAAAUCUCCAACUAUCAUUUCUGGGACAUGGCCAGAUGGAAGACCAUUUGAAAUCUACGCUCGACCAUGGCUUUUUCACGACCCAGAUAUGAUGGACUGGCCAAAGGAAAAGUCGCCCCAACAUGCCAGUCGAGCUGAGAGUUUCCAAGAGCGACUUCUGCCUCGACGUAGGCUUUGGUUCAGUGAAGGUGAGGCCAUCUUUGACUGUUUAACCUCCACUAGUUGUGAAUGCGGGGGCUUCUUGGACUCUGACGAGGAUCCAUGUCUUCCGUUACGGCGCAUCCUGAAGACUGGCGCAAAGUAUAUCACCGAGACGGAUGAGUCGUGGAUCUAUCAUGAGAAUUGGAGAGAUCUGGUGGCCAAAUUAUCCCAACUGAAAACAAGAAAUUCGCCAUGUGACCUUGCAUCAGUCAGCCACUUAGCCUCGCGAUGGGCAAAUGGAUAUACCGGUAGAUAUCUAGCUGGACUUUGGGAACAUGACUUGGUGAAUUAUUUGCGGUGGUAUCCAAUCGAUGAAGAAUUACCUGAUGGAGACCAUGAGGGAUGCCAAGUACCAUCUUUCCUUGGUCCUAGUUGGAGCUGGACCGCUGUUUCCCGGAAGAUCAAAUGGGGCAGUGCAACAUUUCGAAAUACUAAAUCUUUCGUUACCAUCGACUUUAACCGGACUGAAUGCGAUGUCAAUUCUGUGAACCCUUUGGGUCGGCGAUUUCAGGCCACAUAUUCCUCACAGGAAAGAUACUCAAAGUUGCAGUUAGGGAUUCGAAGCGAUUGUUCAAGGACGGAAUUGACCAACAUGUGGGCUUUCGAUCACAAGAAACCCCCGAAGACGACUCCCCUUUGCCUCAGCACGUGUUUUGUCUUCGCCUCUGUACCAAGAGCUAUACAAUCAAUAGCUUCGACGAUGAUUGUGCUCCCAUACUUGUCCCUGCAACUGCAGACGACUUGGCGAGACAACAUAGAGAAGUGCAAGUGA